AUGCCAAGAUCUUUUCUUGUGAAGAAAAAGCGCAGUGCCUGCGGUGCAUGGCAAUGGAAAGAACCAGAACAGCAUCAAUGGAAAGAGGACAAUACUAUACUGACAGAAAAUACUAUGGACAAGAUAAUAUUCAAUCAUGACAUCCAACAGCCCCGCACAGGGAAUCACUUAGAACAGAUUGCAGGAAGUGGGACAACAGUGGAAAUUAGAGUCCCAGUAUCUUCCACAGAAUCAGGGGACCAAGGAUCAGAAAUCAGAAGCUGGUCAAAAAUGGGGCCUUUCGGUUUUCCAGCCACAUUAGCUUCCAUCAGCAGAGCAAAGGCCCGCCCUCGCAGUACGCCUGUUUCGGGUGAUUUUGGGUGCUCACUGUGCCACAAAAUCUUUCCCCUGCAGCGCAUGUUGACACGCCAUCUCAAAUGCCACAGUCUUGUAAAGAGACACCCCUGUCGAUUCUGUGGCAAAGGAUUCAAUGACACCUUUGACCUCAAGAGGCACAUGCGAACUCACACAGGUAUCCGUCCCUACAAAUGUGAGCUGUGUGAGAAAGCUUUCACACAACGUUGCUCUCUGGAGUCCCAUAUGAGAAAGAUUCACGGUGUUCACCAGCACUAUGCCUACCGGCAAAGACGCUCUAAGAUCUUUGUAUGUGAGGACUGUGGCUAUACCUCAAGUCGGCCUGAUGAGUACUUCCUUCAUGUGAGGCAACAUCAUCCAACCAGUCCUGCGCUCCGUCGCUACUAUCGCCGACACGCCCAUGAAAACAGCUCACUUUCAUCAGCAAAUUCUAAACUCAACCCUUAUCUCUUGUACUCAGCCCAAGCAUACUAUAUGUAG